CUCUUUCUCCUUUUUUCCUCCUUUUCUUCUUUCUUUUCUUUUCUUUCUUCAUUCUUCUACUUUAUCAAUGAAAAAUCUAUUCUCUAAACGUAAAACGGAUGAUAAGACAACUACUCAAGAUGUACUUGUCAACUCCGCUGAUCAGAUGACAUCUGAACAAGCUGUUACUACCACCAUCAUCACUAAAGAAGAAAAAAUUGAAAUGGCAGAAGAAGAAGAGAAAAAAACUGAAGUUGUUACUGUUGAACCUUCAUCAUCAUCUCCAGAUCCAGUUAAAGAAGAUAUUAUUGAACCUAUUGAUCAUCAUCAUCAUAAACCUAAUAAAGGUCGUUUGAUCAUUCGAUUUUGGCAAGUCUUAGCUGCUGUAGGUGCUUUUGCAUUUCAAAUCGGUGCUACACCUUAUUCAGAUGUACCAUUUGUGUUUCAAAGUUCCAACUUGCAGUAUUAUACAUACGCCAUUGAUUUAGUCUCACUCUUAUGGGCCUUGUUUAUGAUCUUCGUUUACCUAACUAGGCGUUUUGGAGGUCGUACAGGAAAAGUCAAACGUCCUAUUGCAUUUGCUGUGGAUAUUGCCCUGGCUGCAUUGUUUGGUGUCGCCUCUUUUUAUCAAUUUGCUAUUUACAAUUGUCCUCCUGGUCAAUACAAUGGAUGGUGUCAUUUUCAUAAUACUGGUAAAUUCUUUUUAUUGUCUCUUUUCUUAUCCUAUCUAAUCAUGACUUGUUGGGAUCUAUUUGGUGGAUGUACUUGUUUACGUCAAAAAGAAUAAUCUUUUUUUUUUUUUAUGGAAGACAUCAUACUCUUUUUUUUAACUAUUUUUUUUUU